UGUCACUGCCGCACCUGCGCAGCCAUCUUGUACUUUGCGCGAAGGCAGAAAGGAAGGAAGGAAGAAAGAAAGGAUCAAAUAAUCGUAUUAUUCUUCAAUACAGUAAUGUCCGUUAAGUAAGCGAAUACAGCAAAAAAAAAGACAAGUGGAAACGGCAGAACAGCAGGGGAAGGAGCAACGCUUGCCACGGUGCCCCGGAAUUCCAACCGUUCGAGUCAUCUCUUUUCCACGGAGUGAAAAGAGGAAGAAACGGUGUCAAAUCUCCAUCUGAAAAGAAGAAAAAAAAGAGACACCCGGCCUUCGGACUCGCCAUGAAUCCAGAAUAUGACUACCUGUUCAAACUGCUCCUAAUUGGCGACUCUGGAGUGGGGAAGUCGUGUCUUCUGUUGAGAUUUGCAGAUGACACAUACACAGAGAGCUACAUCAGCACCAUAGGGGUGGACUUCAAGAUUCGUACUAUCGAACUGGAUGGCAAGACCAUUAAGCUUCAGAUUUGGGACACCGCUGGACAGGAAAGGUUUCGCACCAUCACUUCCAGUUACUACAGGGGAGCUCAUGGCAUCAUUGUGGUCUAUGAUGUCACAGAUCAGGAGUCUUAUAACAAUGUAAAACAAUGGCUGCAGGAGAUUGACCGCUAUGCCAGCGAAAAUGUCAACAAGUUGCUGGUUGGGAACAAGUGUGAUCUCACCACCAAGAAAGUAGUGGACUACACAACAGCCAAGGAGUUUGCAGACUCCCUUGCUAUACCCUUCCUGGAGACGAGUGCUAAGAAUGCCACCAAUGUGGAGCAAGCCUUCAUGACCAUGGCUGCUGAGAUCAAGAAGCGCAUGGGCCCUGGAGCCACAGCUGGAGGCGACAAGCCCAACCUGAAGAUUGAUAGCACUCCAGUUCGACAGUCGGGUGGUGGCUGUUGUUGAAGAGCCUCAGCCCCUUCCUGCACUUACCUGCGUGCACACACGCACAUGCACACACAUGCUCUGUCAGCCCUCAAACAUACAUCUGCAUACAUCUAGGAGCAUAAGAACAGAAGGUGAAGACGUUCUAACAUUAAGGGAGUAGCCACUGCAUUUCAGAGCCAAAGCUUGUGUUUUAACUUUCUUUUGGCUUGCAAGAAGUUUAGUAGCUUCCUUCGUGACAUCCCAAUCCUCUCCUUGAUUUUAUACUCCUAGACUGGCAUCCCGUCUCCCUAACCCUCCCUGCCUGUUCUUAGCCCUUAGCUUCACACGCACAUGAUCUCCAUCUACAUUCACAAACCCCAACAUCCCUAACCACAAGCAGACACUCCACUGGCUUGGUCCUUAGCAAGGUACAUGUCCUGUAAAAGGGACAGACGAUGCAUGAAAGAAAAUGAAUUGCAUUUUGGGUGACUUACUGUUGUCUGUAUGCAGAGCAAUUGUCCUAAGAGAGCAGGAUGGGUUACUUGAGAGACUGUCAUGGUCAACUUCUUUCCCCAUACGUGCACACGUGUCACUCACACUCACAUUCUUAGAAGGCUCUUGUAAAGACAUGGAUGAGACCUUCAGCAUAGUCAUAUAUGGAAAUGGAGAGCAUAAAUAUUGGCAAUAUUCUAUUGUUAUUAUUAUUAUUGAUUUAGAUUUGUUUUUUUUUCUCAGUAGGAAUUUUCUAAAAUGCUUGUACAGUGGCUUACUGCUGUCAGAUGAAGGUGUUUGGAGGGGAGGGGACAAAAUCUGUCUUUAUAAUAAAAGCUUUGUGAUGUCUGGGGUUUGGGUUGGUUGAGUAAAGCUACUGUUCCCUCACUUACCUCAUUUAGCCCCUCCCCCUUGUGUUUCCAGUCUAUCCAGCAGCAGGGAAAAAUCCUCAUGCCCACACUGGACCAGGAAACCCAGUUUUCCUAACUUGGCACAUUUGAUUUCUCUUCUGUAUAAAGUGGAAGCAUGGUUGUCCAUUGUCACUGGAGGACAAUGAUGAGCUUGUUGCAGACUUCCAAAUAUGAGUAUUUUUCUGGAGCUUUUUCUUCUAGUCUUUGGCUUGUGAUCUGGUGCUUCAGAGCUUCAGGUUUUCUCAACUUUUAAGUUUUCAUGACCUCAACUUCAGGAUAUUGUGGCUUUCAGAGAUGGCUUUGCAGUAGAAGCCCCAUGCUGUCUUGUGUUGUCAAUCUUGUUGUAGUCUUUGGCUUUCAUUCUGGUUUUUAAAGAUCUGACGUGUGCAAUGAUAUCUUAGCAUUUUGACAAGUUGGACUUCCACAGAAUUUGUAGACUUGGUGUUCUGUUUAUCCUAUGUGCUGUCACAUUUUGGUCCAUCAUGCAUCACAAAAAGUGUGAUUUAGAAAUGUCUUUGUAUUUGGACAUAUUGGACCAGUUAACCAGACCCAGAUUAAGCCCAAGUCUAGCCUAAAAGCAAUUUCCAAAGCUGUCUCCAUUGGCAUUGCAAUUUAGUCCAAGGCUAGGCUUAAUUCAUGUCCAGGAAACUGGCCCAUGUUUAUACAUAUGUGGAGGGAUUUGACAAAGUACUCAUGUAGGUUUGUUGUAGCUCUUUGGAUGUUAUUCUUUUGGAAGCUGGUGUGAGAACAUGUCCUAUCAGGACAGGAUGUUGGGACUGACUGGUCCUGGCUGAGAGACCGGAUAUGAACUCCCAUGUCCUUUGAACAGAAAAAUACAACACUGACAGUGAACUCUCACUCUUCUGCCUCAUGCCUGUGAGGUAAAUCUUUCAGAACCUUCCAGAAAUCUUCAGUACCUUUAUCCUCCAGGAAUUUUUCUUGGUCUUGUUAGGACUCCAGACCAAUAGACAGUCUUAUCUGAAUGAUGCUUUUGGCAUUGUUAAGGUUUUAUGAGUCACUGAGGUUGACUGAAUGCCCCUCCCAUGUUUCAUGAAGUUCAAACUGGAAAGGAUAUCAUAACCCAUUUGCCGAAUGUCAUUUUGACUUCAGAGCCCUCUAGCAGUUGUGCGACCUCAGAUGACAUCCUGCUGCUCCCUGGUGGACUGGUUUUUGUUGUAACUGUUUCAAUAUAUAGGAUGUGGAUCUAGAAAAACAUAGAUAACGUUUGUAGAAUUCACUGGUAGUGUUGACCUGUCUCAAUUAAGUAGUUGCAUCAAUGUCUGUCGUAAGAUUACUAAUAAACAGCCAUUUAAAACUAGUAAACACCAUUUCAGCCAAUGCUAACUUAACCUCAAAGAAUAACUCGUUUCUUUCCUCUUUUUUUUUUUUUUUUAAACUGGAGACAUUUAGUAAGAAUUGUUGGCUUGGGGUUGGAGGGAGCAGUAGCUGAUUGGUGGGGGCAUGUCUAGUGGGUGGGAAUGAUUUAUUAGGUUUUAGGGCUACUGUGUUUAGAAACAUUCCUUAUAUCUUGAAAAAAGCUGUUUGAGCUUGCUUUCAAAUUUAAGCCUGCAAAAGGAAAUGAUUGAAAACUUCUCACUUGUACACCAUCACACACCAGCACAUCCUGUUUUGGACAUGUUCUGAAUGUGCUUUCUAUUUUCAGGAUGCUUGCGAUUCUACUGAUUUUAAUCUACAAAUUGAACUUGUGUUGUGAUGCUGUGUGUCUGAUUAAUUGAUCCGGGGCUGGGGGCAAUAUUCUGGAAGGGUGGGACAUGACUAGAAGCGGGGAGGGCUGCUUUUGAAUGUGAUGGAACCGUGCUAUGCGCUUUUCUUUUUUUCUUUUUUUUUUUGCUUUGACAUUUUAACUUCAUCUUUCACUCUUUCAUUUGCACAUCUCAGUGUUGCUUUGGGUAAGUCAAGAUGAGAGCAUGGACGAUGGUUCUAGCGAGUACCAGGCUGGUAGUACUUUCCCCUCUCCCUCUGCUUGCUGACUCUGGUGCUUUCUUUCAUAGCUCAGUUUGAUCAUGGUUUUUUUUCCUUCUCUGUACAUAUUAUAAAUAUAUAUAUAAUAAAAAAAAAAAAUCAAUGUCUGUCUUAAAUAUGGCUUUUCUGUACUUUUCUUUUUAUUGCGUAGUUGACAAUUUACGUAAAAAUGAAUGUCACUUUAAUAAUAAAUAUAGCAUCCUGUGGCUUUGGUUGACUGGGUUGAAAAACAGGCUAGACUGCUAUUAUGCAAUAAUUGGUGUUUAAAUGCAGCCCCACUCACACAACUUUUAUCAUCUCAACCAUAAGUCAAUAGCUUUAGCUAGCUUUUACAGACCAACAGAGCAUGUUGUCCUCGAGAAGGGCAACGUUUGGUUUCUAUUUUGAAGUCAUUUAGAUGAUGACAGUGGAUUGUUAGUGGGAGGCGUAGUGUUCAUGACUACUGCGUGAGUGUCUGUCACUUCUGUGCUCAGCUUGCAAUUUUCUGGGCUCACUGUUUUGUGAGAGUCUCAUCUGAAGCGUAUACCAUACCAAAUGGUAUACUAUACCAAUUGUUCACAUCCAAAGCAGAAACAAUCCUCACAUGCAGGCCGUCUGCUGAACAUCAGUCUUUUGAAAAUGUCAAUGAAAAUUACACAGAUUAAUCUCAAAAGUCUGAUUGUCUCAUGAUUGUGCAUGUUAGAGUAGCUGCUAUUACAUUGUUAUCUAAAUGAAAAUAAAUAUUUGCAUAUUGGA